GGCUGACAGAGAAACCAGCCAUGGGACUGCUGCUGCCGAUUCUUCUGGGCUUUCUUGCCGCUCUGAUUGGAGGGCUGUACCUUCUCGGGGUGUUUCGACAGCGGCGACCAGGAGAACCCCCUUUGGAUAAGGGGCUCAUUCCCUGGCUGGGUCAUGUCUUAGAGUUUCGCAGCAACACAUUUAAGUUCCUAGAGAGGAUGAAGCAAAAACACGGUGAUGUGUUCACAGUACAGCUGGGAGGGUAUUACUUUACAUUCCUUCAGGACCCUCUAUCGCUUGGAUCAUUUGUUAAGGAAUCGAGAAAAUGGACUUCCGGGAAGUUUGCUGUGCAGCUGGUGCGCAGAGUGUUUGGUUACACUGCUAUAGAGAACGAACACACCAUUCUCGAUAUGUACAGCAAGAAGCAUCUGCAGGGGGAUGGCCUGGAGCCAAUGACACAAUCCAUGAUGAGUAAUUUGCAGAAGCUGAUGUUGCACAACAUUGGCUCACCGGCAGACCAAAGAACCUGGACGGAGGAUGGACUGUUUAUGUACUGCUACAAUAUUGUUUUCAGGGCCGGCUACUUAUCUCUAUAUGGCAACGAGCCACACAAGUCAGAAGGAAGUGAGGAGAAAGACAGAGCUGAAUCAGAAGCCUUAUUUCACGAGUUUCGUAAAUAUGACCAACUCUUUCCCAGGUUUGCUUAUGGGGUCCUGCCACCAAGGGAAGGUCGAAGCUUACAGAGGCUCCUGGGACUCUUCUGGAACGCUCUGUCAAUUCAGAAGAUGAAGACCAAGGACAACAUCAGUCGCUGGGUGUGGGACAUCCAGCGAGGCAAAGCGGAGAUAGGUGUAAAGGAAUCAAUGAUAGACCGGUACAUGUUUGUGCUUCUUUGGGCCUCUAUGAGCAACACGGGGCCUUCUUCAUUCUGGCUGCUCCUCUUCCUUAUGAAAAACUCAGAAGCCAUGGCAGCAGUAAAGGAAGAGGUAAAUAAGGUUUUGAAGGAAUUUGGGCAAGAAGUCCGAGGUGGUGGCCCUUUAAUCAACCUGACCCGUGAAAUGCUGAUGAAAACACCAGUCCUGGACAGUGUUGUGGAAGAGGUCCUCCGACUCACUACUGCACCCGUCCUCAUCAGAGCAGUGAUUCAGGAUAUGACCCUCAAGAUGGCUGAUGGGCGCGAAUACUUCAUCCGCAAGGGUGACAGAAUGGCAGUCUUUCCUUACAGUGCAGUUCAAGUUGACCCAAACAUCCACCCUGACCCACAUUCAUUCAAAUAUGAUCGCUUUCUCAACCUAGACAGGAGCAGGAAAACACGUUUUUACAAACAAGGGAAGAAGGUGAAGUUUUACAACAUGCCCUGGGGGGCUGGGGUCUCCAUGUGCCCUGGGCGUUUCUUUGCCACCAAUGAGCUGAAGCAGUUUGUUUUCCUCAUGUUGAUUUAUUUUGAGUUUGAGCUGAAGAAUCCUGACGAGAAGAUACCAGAGAUGGACGUCAGUCGAUUUGGCUUUGGAACGAUGCAACCUGACAGAGACAUUCGGUUCCGAUACAGACUCAAAUAUUAAACCAGAGAUCUUCAA